AUGAGCAAACCAAACAAGAAGAAGACUCGUCAAUACGCAGUGGAGUUUUUGAAGUUUGGAUUCAUUCCUGAUGAGCAUCAUGAGCGUAAACCGUUUUGCUUAUUAUGUAAUCAGACGAUGAGCAAUGAGUCAAUGAAGGCAGGUAGGCUGGAAGCGCACUUAAAGGUAAGACAUCCUAAUAAUUCUAAUUUAGAUUUGGAAUACUUCAAAUCAUUGAAAGAAAAAUUUAAAAACCGAACAAAACUCACUUCACUAUUUCAUGCAAAACAAGCGCCUCAUACUCGUGCCCUUGAAGCCAGCUACGAAAUCUCCUUGCUUAUAGCAAAACAUGGAAAGAAUCACACUAUUGGAGAGCAACUGAUUAAACCUGCUAUCUCAAUAUUCUUAAAAACUGUAUUACAAAAAGAUGAUGGAGAUAUCAGGACUAUGCCACUCAGUAAUAACACUGUCUCGAACAGAAUAGAUGAAAUGGGGCAAGAUGUUGAAAGCCAGCUCAUUGAGAAAUUAAAAUUGCGUAAGUUUUCAUUACAAAUGGACAAAUCCACAAUCCGGGACAGUGAGGCUCUGUUAUUGACUUAUGUGAGGUAUAUUGACCACGAGGAGUUUCAGGAAGAGAUGCUGUUCUGCGAAUCGUUUGAAACCACCACAACUGCAAAUGAUAUUUACAUCAAAAUCAAACAUUAUUUGGAUGCAAACAAAAUACCAAAGGAAAACUUACUGGCAUGUGUGGCAGACGGUGCACCUGCCAUGAUGGGCAAGAAUACGGGGUGCUUAAAAAUGAUGAAGGAUGAAAAUCCAAACAUGUUGACUGUCCAUUGUGUAAUACACCGAGAAAACUUGGUUGCCAAGAAAUUGUCCCCUGUUCUUAACAAGAUUCUUCAAAGUGUGAUUAAGUGUGUCAACAGCAUUAAAAGAAAUUCUAAAUCUGAACGUCUUUUUAAGCAGUUUUGUAUAAAUCAAAGUGCCGAACAUGUUCGAUUAUUGCUUCAUACAGAAGUAAGAUGGCUAUCAAGUGGAAACUGCUUAAAGAGGUUCAUGGAAUUAUUUGAUCAGAUUAACGACUUUCUUAGUGAUAAAUGUGAAAUGAAAUUGCUGUCAACAACGGAUGGAAAAGCAUUUGUCAGUUAUUUGACAGACAUAUUUGAGAAACUUGGAAACUUGAAUAAACAACUUCAAGGUGCAAACAUGACACUUAUUGAUGCAAAAGCAAAGAUUUUUGGAUUUAUUACAGCUCUCGAAUUAUGGAAAAAGAAAUUUUCCAAAAGAAAUUUCAGUGAACUUUACUGGUUGAGUAAAUGUGAAAUAACGAAUGAUGCUGGCAUUGUAAUUAUUGAUCAUUUAAAUAUCUUGAUAAAGGAUUUCAAUGACAGAUUUUGCGAUUUAAAGGCAAUGAAUUUUCCUUCUUGGUUAACUCAACCGCUUCUGAUUAACGUUUCUGAUGCUACAAUCCAAUACCAAGAAGAGUUAUCAGAAUUACAACAUGAUGAAUCAGUGAAGACUUUGUUUAAAUUGAAAGGUACAAAGAUGUGGCUAUAUGACGAGGUUGAAAGAAAAUAUCCUAAAAUUUCUACAUCAGCGAGAGAGCUACUGAUUCCUUUCCCUUCGUCUUAUUUGGUCGAAUGUGGUUUUAGUGCAGUUGAUAAUUUGCUCGAAGCCAAGAGAAACCGGCUUGAGAUUACAAAACGUGGCGAUUUACGACUGAAAUUAACAAAGUUGUCUCCUCAAAUUAAAAACUUGUGCUGUAUGCAUCAGGCACAGGGUUCUCACUAAAUUAGUCGAGCUGACCGUCAAAUAAUUGAACUGAAAAAACGUGUUUCUUUAUUCUUUAUAAAUUGACAUUUUUUAAAAACAUGAGAAAUCGUAAUAAUUUUAUCGAUUUAUUGGGUGUUAUGCACUUUCAGUGCCUGUUGUUUCAAUUCUCAAACUAUUUUUUUGUAUUUUGAAUACAAUUUUUUAAUUUUUGAUUUUUUUUCAAUUGUAAGUAGGCCCACAUGUACUUGUAAAUGUGAGUGGACAUGGGAAAAG